UGGCCCGCGCGCCCUCGCUGCCGCCGGUCUGCGCCCCUCGACCCCGCCGGCACCAUGCACCUCUCCCGGCUGCUGGCCUGCGCCCUGCUGCUCACGCUACUCUCGCUCCGGCCCUCCGAAGCCAAGCCCGGGGCGCCGCCGAAGGUCCCGCGAACCCCGCCGGGGGAGGAGCUGGCCGAGCCCCAGGCUGCGGGCGGCGGUCAGAAGAAGGGCGACAAGACUCCCGGGGGCAGUGGCGCCAAUGUCAAGGGCGACCGGUCGCGACUGCUCCGGGACCUGCGCGUGGACACCAAGUCUCGGGCGGCGUGGGCCCGCCUUCUGCACGAGCACCCCAACGCGCGCAAAUACAAAGGGGGCAAUAAGAAUAAGAAGGGCUUGUCCAAGGGCUGCUUCGGCCUCAAGCUGGACCGGAUCGGCUCCAUGAGCGGCCUGGGAUGCUAGUGCGGCGACCCCUGGCGGCGGAUUGGGAACUUGCUCCACCAUGCUGAGGUCAUCGUUGGUCAUCAGCCUCCAGCAUCUGGAAACACCUCCAACGCAAUGUGGCUUUUACAUUUCUUUUUUUUUUUUUCCCUGGUACUGGGAAUACACAACACCAGCUGUUUUAUUAUUAUUUGGGGAGGGGAAUAUGAUUUUAUUGUUUGGGUUUUUUUUUUGAAAACGAAAAAUAAAAAG